AUGGCCCCUCCACCAGAGGAAGACCAGGUUGAGGGCACUCCAAUGGAGGAGGAUGCUGGUGAAGCUGAGGCCAAGGAGGUUGAGGUCAAUGUUCAAGCUGAUGAGGGCAGUCAACAUCCUGAUGAUGGGACUAGUCAACUUCUGGACAAUGAAGUAGAUGAGGAUGGUUCUGAAUCAUCACUUCCUCCAUCUUCACCACCAGCUGAAGACUCCAGUUCUGAUGCCAAGGAUGAGUUUCCCCCAUGUUGUCCUGGUUGCUGUGUGGAACACAAACCUAAAAUCAAGGGCAAAAGUAGGGCUAUGGAUGUUGACAACAGUGAUAUAAGCACAAAAUUUAAGAAGACUGGGAACUUGUCCCAUGCUGCUCUCAAUGAGAUAUGUGACUUUGUGGCCAAACUCAACAAGGCCAAUCUCUUCUGCUUGUGGUAUUGGGCCACCCAACUGAAACCUGAUGGUGCAGAGUACAACCAACUCAUGAAAGAUAUCCCCAAAGAUGACACCACAGCAAGAAAGGAGAAGUUGAAGGCUGUUUAUGAAUGGAGAAAGAGCUCCUCAGCAGUGCCCACUAACAAAUCAGUCAAGUCCAUUGCAGUCAGAGUCCACAAUGUGAAGACACAGUUCUCUGGAUUGGCUGAGGUGUGGUCAGCUCUUGAAGACAUCAAAAUUGCUGGAGUUGUGAUGUAUGUUGGACAAGACCCUGCAGGAUGCCAGACCUCUGGCAUGUUUGGUGGUUCCAAUAUCAUACAAAAGUACAUCAAUGAGUGUGCCAUUGAUGUUCAGGGACUUAUGGACAAGUACACCUCAAUAUUUAAGUGUCUCAGGGAUGGUAAUGGUACUGAAGCUGGCUGUGGCAUUGGAGUUGUGUUGCUGAAUGAAGGAGACACCAAGAGAUUGCAACUGCCAGUGACACAUGGGGUCAAAGUUGGUGAUCCCCAGAAAAUCAUUUGGCAGCAGCUUCUUGAGUUUGUUAGAAGGAACUCUCUUGUCAUAAUCAACUGGCCACUUGGGGUGCCUCCACUGAGCCCUGGUUUUGAGUACAAGAAACUCAAAGCUGAUGCUCUCCACCAACUUGUGGUACCUUAUCUGCAGAGAAAGCUAGGCUCAAUGUAUGAUGGACAAUCUGAUGAUGAUGAUGACAAGAAAAAUGAUUUUCUGGAUGGUGUGCUGGAGGUUGAAAUCAAACCCUGGAAUGAAGAUAUCAUCAGCAUAGGGGAUGCACACCCAUUAAAGGGAGAGAUUGCACUGGUCAAGGCUCCUGAUGGCACAGUUUUGUGCAAGGUGUCUGACGAUCCUGAGUGGCAGAAGUCUCACAAAGAAGGGAAUCCAGAUAAUGACACAGUUCCUUGUGAAGCUUCACACUCUGACCACCAAAUGCCCCUGCAUGAUGAAGGGAGGGAUGCACACCCCAUCACUGGCAACCAUGGUGUAGUGGUUUACCCCACUGCAUUUUGGUUGAAACUGACAGGUGACAUGCACAGGAUGCACUUUGUGACCCACCAGCACACACAAGCCAUGAGAACACUUGAGAGUCCAGUCAAUCUGAAAGCCCCUUGCUGGCUCAGCACUAUGGGGUGA